AUGUCCGAUUCUGCCUCAAAACAACCAUCUCAAGCACCUACAGCUACUGACAAGCUUUCACCUCUCAGAAUUCUUUGUUUAGGCGACUCCCUUACAGAAGGUUAUUCACAGUAUGGUACUCAGUUUUAUCCCUAUAGCAAAUGGAUGAAAGAAGUGUUGGGGGAGAAGUGGCCUGAUAGGGAAAUUGAGGUCAUAACUGAUGGGAUCAGUGGGGAUUUACUUACCCUGCCUGGAGGAUUUAAAAGAAGGAUGGAGAGGCACUUCCCAUCUACACCACCCAUAACCCACACAAUUAUCCUUGGUGGUACCAACGACUUAGCCUAUAACCGUCCAGUCCAAACCCUAUAUGCCGUCUUUGAAACUCUAGUCUUUACCCCCCUCAGCAAUGCGUCAAAAGUCUUAAUCAUGACUAUCCCAGGAUGUCAUGUGAGAGCUAAGGUUUUAGAUCAGAAAAGAGAGGAAUUAAAUGAUCUCAGUACAUUCGAUCUCCGUGGCAAAAUGCCCUAUCACAACAUGGAAUCGAAUAAACGAGCAGAAAUUUGGGACGACGGAUUACAUUUUACGGAAGCGGGUUACAAGGAGAUGGGGAUUAUGGUUGGGGAGAAGAUGAUUGAGUUUAUUGAGGAGUUGAGGCCCGGGAGAGAGGUUUCGUUGACGGGGAAGGGGACUAUGGGGAUUGAGUGA